AUGGAUUACCACAGCCCGGGCAGCCCAAGAAUAGGUAGCUCGAUUCCAGAUCCUAAAGAUCUGUCUCGCCGACUAUUGUCAACGCAACAGCCGCAGCAGGUAGCGGGGUAUGGGAACUAUGAUGACAUUCUGGCUGACCCCACUUCGCGAUCUCGCCUCAAUACCGUGAACCGACAUGAUCAAAGGUCGCCUGUACUCAUCCAAUGUUGUUGUGGUAAAGAAAACUGCGAAAAUCUUGCAGCGUUUCUUAGAAGCACAGGGUUUAUGGAAGAUGAGUUGAGAUUGGCUGCUGAGGUUGGACAAGCUUUAUUACAAAAGCAUGAAAUAUAUCAAAAAGAAAUAGAAGAGUUACAAAAAUCACUUCAAAAUCAGGUUUUUACCUUUAUUGAAAUUUGUUUUCUAUGGAUACAAAAAAUACCUACUUUACUGUACGAAGACAUGGUGCGCAAGCUUGAGGAAUCGCAGCGUAUUUUGAUCCUGGAAAGAGAUGAUUCAUUAAAGCAGAAAUCCAUCUUGGAAAGCAAAAUUGAAGCAUUCACUGAGGCAAUUGACUCUCGUGACAAUAAAGUUUUGGAAUUAACAAGAGAACUCGAAAAGAGUGACGGCGAGAUCAAACGCUUGAUGGCAAGUAACCUUAAAGGAGAGAAAAGUGAGGAGAGAGAAGAGAUACUUAGUAGACAAUUAGAAGAUUUGAACCAAGAACUUGCGAUUUCAAGGAAAGCCGAGCAUGCCGCUGAAUUAAACUUAAAGAAAUUGAAAGAUAAAUUUGAUGAACUUUUCACAUCUCAUGAAGAAUUAAAGUUAGAACAGAUAGAAACUCAGAAGUCAAAAGUGAGAUUGGAAGCGGUUGCAAUGCUUCGUGAGCCAACUGAACGAAAGGAACAUUACCCAUCGUCUCCAAACAAUGAAGCAAAUUCUCAUCUUAUAACUCUCAUUAAAGAACUUUCAUCCGCUAACAAUAAGCUAAAAUUGGAGAUCAGCGAAUAUCGUGAUCUUCUUUCUGAAUCCCGUAAUGAGUUGAGUACUUUACAAGCUCGUAUUGAAGAUAUUGAAACUGCCAGUACGACAGGCUAUCCAUAUCAAGCUAGUUAUACGUCGGGCUCUUUUGCAUCCCCUUUCAACCGAAAUUUCCCGUCACACGUUCUCGAUGAUAUAGCAAGCGUAGGCGAAAACACAUCGCACGCUGGCGGUUAUACAGAAGAAGCUGUCGAUGAAUCCAAUAUCUCACCAGGUAUUGGCGCUCGACCAAUUCAUCCUCAUAUGUCCCCCAGUGUUCUAUCUUCUUCAUUUGGCCCUGGUUCAUAUAAUACAUUUAAUAGUAUGGGCGUGGAUGCUUCUAUCCACUCUCCUGCAGGAUCAGUUGUCUCAUCUUCCGUUGUGUUCGGAGAGCUGGAAAAAUAUCUUAUGAAAAAAACCAAGCACAAAGGAAGCAGACGUAUAGGACAAAGUAGUAUGAGAAAAGGAAAAAGAGUAGUUGUUGGAAUAGGUGAAGAGAAUGAAGAACAACUUAAAGCGGAUGACGCUCAAUCAGACGUCGCGAUCAAGAAGCAUGAAAGAUCGGAAGGUUCUUCGGAGGAUGAACAAAGUUAUAGCGAAGAUUCCGAAGGGGGAUCAAGUGUUGAGGGUAAUGAAAAGCCAGUGUCAGAAAAGAAUGCAAGUCACAAGUCGGAUAUUACGGUUGUCAAGAACGAAGAAGUUGUACCAGAAGUCGCUGAAGGCAAUGAUAAGGUGGAUAAUAGGCAGAGUACAAAGAAAAAGGUGCGAACGUUUUCUUCUCCGGAUAAUGUUUCGGCAACACAACAAAUACAAGGCGUAUCCUUAUUAUCUGCUGGUCUCAAGAGGUCUUCCGUUGACGAGUCGGGUGCGACCAAUAGGGUCCACGAAGAAGAUAAAUCAAUCCAGGCAAAGAGAUCCUUCGGUAAGAAGGGAGCUGAACUGAGACUGCCCCUUCGACGAAAUUCAGCUCCUCUGAAACUCUCAAAACGACCAAGCACUUCCAAGCUAACGAUAGUUGCAUCAACAAGUAAACAACAUGUACCAUCGCAACCUUCUCCAUUGUCCGCUCGUCGUGCUACGUCGGCUAUGGCAAGUUCUUUGUCGGUCAAAGUUUCCCAUUCCUCGAACAAUUCAUCUGUGACCGCUUCGAAAUCGAAGGUUUUACAGGGGAAACCACCCAUACCGGCAUAUAAAAAUCCCAAAUUUGCUACCCUUGGGCCAAAAGAACGAAAACUAAUGAUGGAAGCUUGGCGCGCUGACGUUGCAAAGGAACAGCAGAAAAAGAAUAAUCAACAGAUUGAAGGUAAUAAGUCAGCCGCAGGUGAUCCAACCAACGAAAGCGUUGCUGUCAAAGGUAAAAAUAGAAAGUCUGAUUCACCGAUAAAAGCAUUUGUUGAAGAGGUAUUGGUUGAUGAAGCGAAUCUUUCUGCUGCAGAAGCUGCAGCACUAGCCGAUGAAGUUGAGCAUGGACUAUCUUCUGUUGGGACAAGGUCCGUACGUUCUCGUCGUACCUCAACGGCCACUCGUCAUACAAUCUUCCAUGUUCCAUCGAUCACGAUAACCACUGACGAAUCGCCUAAGGAUGAGCAUAAACUCGAACAUGCAUCACAACAGAAUCCAUAUCAAUCUCUCUUUAAUCUUGCCAGUCACAUCGUAGAUCGUCUUAAGGAUACUGAUCUGUUAGCUUUGAAUCGUAGAUUGAAACGAACAUUCGACAUUUUAGAGUUAACUAAUUUGAGUAAUAACUUGAUUGAGAGUAUCCAGAAUGAUGUUGAAAUCUUCAGAGAAAAAUUCCGGUGGGUGGAAGAUUUUCGCAACAAUGAAGAGGUGAAAACAAGCGAAAAGGAUAUUUCCGAUGACAAUACGAGCCAAAAGGAUGUGUACUCUUUUUCACCGGAAAAUUUCUUACCAUUAGUUCACUUAAUGCAGGAUCUCUUGUCGGAAAUAUGCAAGUUACGCGUGAUGAUUAACGACCUGCAGGUAUCUUAUGUACAAAAAGUGGAAGAGAGUCGGCGAAAGUCGGAAGAAGAAUUUGAUAAGAGUGUGGUGAAUGGGGAGAACAGUAAUGAAAUAUUAGAGAGAAAGGAUAGGAAUAGACGUGCUCAAAGUAGCGACGGCGGAUUUAAAGCAUAUCUCAGCAAAGUUUUUGGUAUCAUGGAAGUUCAAUCGCCUCCCUCAGGGACUC